CAAACAGCAUAGGAAAUAUUUAUAAACAAUGAGUGGUGAAAAGGCUGAAAAAGCCAAAGUAAGUGCUCAAAUUAAGCAUGUACCCAAAGAUGCGCAAGUUAUUAUGUCCAUACUCAAGGAGCUCAACAUACAGGAGUAUGAACCACGCGUGGUUAAUCAGAUGCUGGAGUUUACAUUUCGCUAUGUGACCUGCAUUCUGGAUGACGCCAAAGUUUACGCGAAUCAUGCGCGCAAGAAGACUAUCGACCUGGACGACGUCCGUCUGGCUACCGAAAUGACACUGGACAAGAGUUUCACGGGUCCACCACCUCGUCACGUUCUCGCGAAGAUGGCUGAGCUCCGCAAUGCGAUGCCAUUGCCACCGAUAAAGCCACAUUGUGGUUUGCGUUUGCCGCCCGAUCGUUAUUGCUUGACUGGGGUCAACUAUAAACUGCGCGCUACGAAUCAACCCAAGAAAAUGACGAAAUCAGCGCUGGAAGGUCGCUCGGUGAAGACAGUUGUAAAGCCCGUCUCCAGUGCAAAUGGAGCUAAGCGUGGACAUUCGAUGGUGUCCAAGCAACAGGUGGUCACAAUACCCAAGCCAGUCAUCAAAUUUACAACAACAACGAAAACGGUCUCCGCCAUGGACGUCAAGAACGAACCCAAUUCGACGGACAUGAAGAUGGAGGUGGAUAGUGAUGCGGCGGCCGUUGGCAGCAUUGGGGGAAGUAAUGUAGCGGUGAAGCGAGAACGGGAUGAGGAGGAGUUUGAGUUCACAACAAAUUAAACAUAUACAUAAAUUUAUAAUCAUUUUUAGCAUUCAGUAAAAUCAAGUAAAUAUAAAAGUGGCGAACGU